GUCGCGCAUCAUUGAUUCAAAGUCGUGUCUCUCGUCAGGGAGUUGCUCUGGUGUUGGUAGUUUCGUCAUAAUAUUCGACAAAAAAGUACAGGAUGGAACUUUUAAUAAGUAGUUGACCACAGCAUGGAUGUUAGUCAGGAAGUAACUGUAGCAAGAAUCAAAAUCAAAGAUGGUCACAUUCAUUUUAAUCCUACUUUUAGCAACCUUCAGGUCAGCUUACUCAGAUAUAUUUGACAUUCGCUUAGCUGGUGGAAGCUCAAUUUACGAGGGACGUGUUGAGGUCAACCAUAAUGGAGUAUGGGGGACAGUGUGCAAUGAUGGGUGGGAUGAGUUGGAGGCACGGGUUGUCUGUCGUAACCUGGGAUUUGGAGAUCCGGUAAGAAGCAUCAUCGGGGAAUCAUUCCGUUUCUCAGCCAAUGAUAGUCAGCCGAUUCUCUUAGAUGAAGUUGAGUGCUAUGGCUUAGAACCUAGUCUUUCAUUAUGUUCCUAUUGGCCAAUAGGAAUCCACAACUGUGAACACUCUGAAGACGUCGCAAUAGAAUGCACGGAAGCUGUGACUUUGACAUCACGGCUUGUAGAUGGUGUUUACUCAAAUUCUGGUCUAUUAGAAAUCUAUGACAUGGAUAUGUGGUACCCAGUUUGCAAUUCCUCGUGGACAGAUCAAAACUCACAAGUUGCCUGUAGACAGCUAGGCUACAACAAAGCUGAUACUCUUAUACAAAGCCACUAUAUUCCACCAGGUGAAAACACGUACCCAUUUGAAUACAACUGUCAAAGUCUUGAGAAUCAUCUUUCUGACUGUCAACCUACACAAUUGGAUAGCCAAUUGGCCUGCAAUGAUCAAGUACAUUUACAGUGUUCAAAUGAUUAUGACAAUUAUGGUGAACGCAGUGCACGGCUAGUUGGAAGUUAUGGUAAGGGUAAUCAAGGGAUCGUUGAGUUGUACCUAUACGGUGUCUGGGGAACUCUUUGUUCACGCAACUGGUCACUAGAAGAAUCAUACGUUGUCUGCAAAGAGCUUGGUUUUGAUGGAGCUGAGCAAGGAUUACUGGAUGCACACAGCUUUGACACUGUAUCAGACAAUCAUGUUCAUAAAUUCGCCAUUAGUUGUACUGGAGUGUCGCGGUUAAGUGAUUGUCAUUUUGACACUGACAACAUUGCAUAUGGCUGCUCGCACAGUGAUGACGUAGCCGUGACUUGUGUUUACGCUGUAGAAGCCCCACCUAUGUCUGGGGGAACGGUAGCAGGAGUUGUCAUUGGAAUCGUUGUUGGGUUCGUCUGGCUUUGUAAAUGUUUUUCUCAUAGUAAGAGGAGACGUCCACAACCAGUACAUGUUGCUACACGUCCACCAACUAUUCCAAUGGAGGUACAAAGCAACGGUAACCAGGAAGCACCAGCAGUCGAUCUACCUCCCUCAUAUGAUAGUGUGGUAAAUCAGCCAGAUGCGUACAGGAAGCCAGAAGAGACACCCCCACCUGCCUACAUAAAUUACCAUUUCGAUACUGACAACCAGUAUAAACAGCAGUGGUUCUCAAAAUAUGGGUUGCAAACCAAAAUGUUGACAAAUACAUUUUCAGUCCGAUUGGCCGAUGGAAGUACAAUUUAUGAAGGACGUCUUGAAAUAUAUUAUAACGGAGAAUGGGGAACAGUUUGUGAUGAUCGCUGGGAUUAUAAUGAUGCACUUGUGGUUUGUCGUGAACUAGGCUAUGGAUAUCCAGUGCAGACCCUCACGUAUGCAUACCAGGGAAAUGCAUAUCAAAGCAUCUUUUUAGAUGAAGUUGACUGCAGUGGUUCGGAGUCUAGGCUUUCGUCGUGUUCAUAUCCAACUAUAGGUGAUCAUGACUGUGGUCAUACUGAGGACGUGGCGAUUGAAUGUUCUCCAGGUUUCUCAGUUCGAUUAGCUGAUGGAGCUUCAGUUUAUGAAGGUCGUCUUGAGAUAUAUUAUAACGGAGAAUGGGGAACCGUUUGUGAUGAUAGAUGGGAUUAUGAAGACGCACAUGUGGUUUGUCGUGAACUAGGCUAUGGAAAUCCAGUGCGGACCCUCAUCAGUACUGGAUACCAAGGAGCAUAUGACCAAAGCAUCUUUUUAGAUGAUGUUGACUGCAUUGGUUGGGAGUCUAGUCUUUCGUCGUGUUCACAUUCAACCAUAGGUGUACAUGACUGCACUCACUCUGAGGAUGUUGCGCUUGAAUGUUCUUCAGGUUUGUAGGAUACAGUUAUGGAC